UUGACAUUCAGUGAUGUGGCUGUGGACUUCUCACAGGAGGAGAGGGAGUGCCUAGAUCCUGCUCAGAGGGCUUUGUAAAGAGACCUGAAGGUGAUAGAGAAUUACAGAUCUCUUGUUUCUGUUGGUGAAGUGGAUUUACAGUGAAUUGAAAGGAAGUUUCCUGAAAGAAAAUGAAGCCUGUUUAUAUAAGAUUGCCUUACAUAGGAAAGGAAACUCAUAGGAGGAGGAAAGAGAUGGCUUCUUUUCAGCAUCCACUGACAUUCAAGGAUGUGUCCAUAGAUGUCUCCCAGGAGGAAUGGGAAUGCCUAGACUCUGCUCAGAGGGCUUUGUACAGGGAGGUGAUGUUGGAGAACUACAGAAAUUUGGUGUCUAUAGGUCUUGCUGUGUGUAAGCCUGUUCUGGUCUCCUGUCUGGAGCAAAACAAAGAGCCCUGGAAUGUGAAGAGCGGGGAGACUGUAGCCAACCAGAACUCAACUCUUAGAAAACAUCAGAGGGUGUGUAAUGAAGAGAAACCAUACACAUGUGAAGAAUGCGGCAAGUCCUUUAGUCAAAUGUCACAUCUUAGACGAGAUCAGGCAAUUCAUACUGGAGAGAAACCCUACAAAUGCGAAGAAUGUGACAAGUCCUUUACAGAGGCCUCACAUCUUAGAAUGCAUAAAAAUAUUCAUACUGGAGAGAAACCCUAUAAAUGUGAAGAAUCUGAUAGGUCUAUUACUCAAAAAUCAGAUCUUAGAUCACAUCAGGGAAUGCAUACUGGAGAGAAACCCUACACAUGUGAAGAAUGUGAGAAGUCCUUUAGUCGACUGUCAAGCCUUAGAAGACAUCAGGCAAUUCAUACUGGAGAGAAACCCUACAAAUGUGAAGAAUGUGUCAAGUCCUUUAGUCGAUUGUCAGAUCUUAGAGCACAUCAGCGAAUACAUACUGGAGAGAAACCUUACAGAUGUGAAGAAUGUGGCCAGUCCUUUCGUCAAAUGUCAACUCUUAGAAGACAUCAAGCAAUUCAUACUGGAGAGAAACCCUACAGAUGUGAAGAAUGUGGGAAGUCCUUUUGUCAAAUAUCAUAUCUUGGAAGACAUCAGGCAAUUCAUACUGGAGAGAAACCCUACAAAUGUGAAGAAUGUGAGAAGUCCUUUAAACAUAUGUCAUACCUUAGAGUACAUCAGCGAAUACAUACUGGAGAGAAACCCUACAAAUGUGAAGAAUGUGAGAAGUCCUUUAAACAUAUGUCAUACCUUAGAGUACAUCAGCGAAUACAUACUGGAGAGAAACCCUAUAAAUGUGAAGAAUGUGGCAAGUCCUUUACUUACAUGUCAAAUCUUAGAGCACAUCAGCGAAUACAUACUGGAGAGAAACCCUAUGGAUGUGAAGAAUGUGGCAAGUCCUUUAGUAAAAUGUUAGUUCUUAGAGUGCAUCAGCGAAUACAUACUGGAGAGAAACCCUACAGAUGUGAAGAAUGUGGUAAGUCCUUUAGUCAAAUAUCACACCUUAGAAGACAUCAGGCAAUUCAUACUGGAGAGAAACCCUACAAAUUUGAAGAAUGUGUCAAGUCCUUUAGUCGCAUGUCACAUCUUAGAAGACAUUAGUGAAUACAUAGUGGAGAGCAACCCUACAGAUGUGAGUGAAGCAUGUGGCAAGUACUUUAGUCAAAUGUCAAGUCUUAGAGUACAUCAGCAAAUACACACUGGAGAAAAACCCUACAUAUGUGAAGAAGGUAUCAAUGUCAAAUGUCACAUCUUAGAGGACAUCAAUGAAUAUGGUUUCUGGAGGGGAAUGGUAGAGAUGUGAAGAAUGUGGCAAGUGCUUUAGUAAAAUGUUUAGUCUUAGAGCACAUCAGCAAAUACAUACUGGAGAGAACCCCUGCAGAUAUGAAGAAUGUGAUGUGUCCUUUAGGAUAAGCUCAACUUAUAAGAAACAUAAGAGAGUUCAUAUUGGAAUGAAUCCCUACAAAUAUGAAGAAUGUAAGAAGUCCUUUAAACAAAAGUCUCAUCUUAGAGCACAUCAUAUAAUUCAUAGCUGAGAGAAACCCUAUAAAUGUGAAGGAUGUGACAUAUCCUUUAGUUGCAUUCCAAUAAGAAGAAUGUGACAAACUGCGAGCUAGGCAUAUAGAAGACAUCAGAGGAUUCAUACUGCAGAAACCCCACAAAUGAAGAGGGUUUAAGUCCUGUAGUUGUAUUUCAACUGUUAGAGAUCAUCAGAGAAUUUACAAUAAAGGGAGACACUGAAAAUAUAAGGAAUGUGGCAAUUCCAUUAAUCAUGUUAAAUGGUAGCAGUUCUCAAAAACUCAUACUAAAGAGAUAGUUUACAAUUGCAAAGAAUGUGGUACAUCCUUUUCCCUGGGCUCAAUCCUUAAAAAACAGAAUCCAUACUAGAGGGAUAUAUCUAAUGUCUGGAAAAUGUUCAAAUGCUUAUAUUUAUAUAAUACAAAACUUCAUAGUGUACUGGAGGAAAACUUAGAAUUAUGUAUAAAAUUGCAAAGUCUGUAAUAAAAAUUUAUUUUUAAUUCCUA